AUGCUUAUACAUUUCUCUUCGAAUUCAUCCAAUCAAUCGGAUCAAUCGUCUCUGCCCACGAAAAUUGCGAAACUCGAGGCCAGAAUGGUGGGCAAGACGUCCUCUGCAGUUGCUGCACCAGCCCAAGUACAGACCCAGGUCCAGUCCACGUCGUGGUCCGCCGCGGUCAAGUUUGGUACUCCACCCGAUAGCCUGCCCUCCGAGUCGCUGGUCUCAAGUGAUGAUUCUGACGAUGACAAUGGAAGGGAGUUUCUCAUACAAGCGACCACCCAGAAGCGCCAUAAAGUUGAAGACUCUGCUUUAUUUGAACAUGUUGAGGCUGCUGCUGAUGCAAGACAAGUUAUUAAAGAAUUAGACUCCAACAAGGUGGGUCCGGAUGUAAAUAAAAAAAGACGAGGUCGGGGUAGGGGAAGUUCUGCUUCAGGCAAGGGGCAUGGUUCCAGAGUUUGUGAUCAGACAGCAGUUUCUCUAUCCAACGGUCAACUUGAAAUCUCACAGAAGAUGCAUGAGUGUUUUUCUAAUGAGCAUCUUCGGCUUGAUAGGCAUACCUCCUCAGAGGUCACUUCUUUACGUGCAAAAGUGGCAGCUUUGGAGGAGGAACUAACAAAGUCACGUGAAGAGAAUUCUGAUCGUCAAAAUCAAUGUCAACAGUUAGAAAAGGAACUAAAGGAUCUUAAAGAUUAUGAACAGCAGAUGAAGCCAAAGAGAAUGAAAAUAAUAUCUGAUCUAUUGAUAUCUAUUUCGAAAGCCGAGAGACAAGAAGCAAGGAUGAAAGUACGCCAAGAUUCCUUGAGACUUGGUAAUGUGGGAGUAGUCAGGGCUGGGACAGUCAUCUCUGAGGCAUGGGAGGAUGGACAAGCAUUUAAGGAUCUCAAUACUCACCUUAGAAACUUGUUGGAGAACAAGGAAGCUGUUGAAAGGCAGCGAAAAUUACUGAAGAAACGUCAAUCAGACAAAGGUGAUGGAAGUGACACGGAGACAGUUCAUGAUGAUGUUCUCUUUUUGGAUGAAGUGUACAAAUCUCGUCUAGGCAGCAUCAAGCGUGAGGAAGAAACAGUAAUGCGUGACAGAGAUCGAUAUGAAUUGGAGAAAGGAAGACUUAUACGUGAAAUGAAACGCAUUCGAGAUGAGGAUGGUUCCCGCUUUAACAAUUUUCAGAUUUUAAACCAUCGAUAUGCUCUUCUAAACCUUCUUGGAAAAGGAGGAUUCAGUGAGGUUUAUAAGGCUUUUGACUUGGUGGAGCAUAGAUAUGUUGCGUGUAAGCUUCAUGGCUUGCAUGCUCAGUGGAGCGAAGAUAAGAAGCAAAGUUACAUACGACAUGCAAUCAGGGAGUACAACAUUCACAAAACAUUAGUGCACCCGCACAUUGUUCGCCUUUGGGAUAUUUUUGAGAUUGAUCCAAAUACAUUUUGCACCGUAUUAGAGUAUUGCAGUGGCAAGGAUCUUGAUGGAGUUCUUAAAGCAACACCUCUAUUGCCAGAGAGAGAAGCAAGGAUCAUUAUUGUCCAGAUUUUUCAAGGCCUUGUUUACCUGAACAAAAGAUCACAGAAGAUUAUCCAUUAUGAUUUGAAGCCUGGAAAUGUUUUAUUUGAUGAGCUUGGCUUCGCUAAAAUAACUGAUUUUGGCCUUAGCAAGAUAGUGGAGGAUGAUGUGGGAUCCCAGGGAAUGGAGCUUACGUCUCAAGGUGCUGGAACUUAUUGGUAUCUGCCUCCAGAAUGCUUUGAGCUAAACAAGACGCCUCUCAUAUCCUCAAAGGUUGAUGUUUGGUCGGUUGGUAUUCUAUUUUACCAAAUGCUAUUUGGCAGACGCCCUUUUGGACAUGACCAGACGCAAGAGAAAAUUCUACGUGAAGACACCAUUAUCAAGGCCCGUAAGGUAGACUUUCCUUCAAGGCCAUCCGCAUCAAAUGAGGCGAAGGAUUUUAUUCGUAGUUGUCUGACGUAUAGCCAAGCCGAGAGACCAGAUGUUUUAACCGUUGCUCAAGAGGAAGCUGAAGCAUUUUUUGAGGAAAUGAAGGAAAUGGGAGUUGAGCCAGAUAUUGUGUCCUAUAAUUGCUUGGUAGAUGUGUAUUGUAAGGGAAGACAGAUUGAGAAUGGAGUUAAGGUAAUGAACAAAAUGAGGGAGGAAGGGAUUGAUUUAGAUGUGAUAACAUAUACUAGUUUGAUUGGAGGGUUGGGAUUGGUGGGUCAACCAGAUAAGGCAGCGGAGCUGCGGAGGUUUUAA